AUGCUUAAAAUAAAACAGGAAAAAAUUCCUUUAACGAUGGAAGUUGACUGCCCGAUAAUCAGUCUUAAACGAUCUAGCAGUGCUCCUAUGAUUCAUGAAAUUAGUGCUACUGUGUCAGUUAGUUCAUCUACAACAUCUGUGCCACGAGAUGUUGCUUCUUCGUUAAAUCUUUUUCCCAACAUAUCAAGGACACGACGAUUUAGUACAAGUAGUUCUGUAAAUAUACCACGACUGACACCAAGAGUUAACCAAUUGAAACAAGAAGAAUGUAUUGAUGUUGCUGGUAGAGAAGCUGCACAUGAAAAAGAAAUCCACAGUGCAAUGCAAAUUUCCCAGUCAUGGGAGGAUUUAACUCUUGAUGCUGAAGGAUUGUCUGUUAAAGAUUCAGACUUAUCCAGCCAUCAACUUCAAAAUAUUGAGAAGCAAAUGAUAAAAAAAUUUGUUGAUCCUUUAAAUCUAAAUUUACCAGUUGUAAAUAACACUUCCUUUUGUUCUUCACCGUCACCUACUAGAUCUAGUCUAGGACAACGUCAAUGUUAUUCACCUGGACUCAGUACUGUUCAAUGGAAAAAUAAUCUUUCUCCAAGUCCUACGCGAAAAUCAUUUGCUAUGAGACGUAGUUUAAGUCCAAUAGCCUUAAGACCGAGUUGUUUGGGACCAGUUAAAAGAAAAUUUGAUCUUGAUAAUAAUUGUGUGGAUCGUCAACGCCCGAUCAAACGUACAUCUGCAUUAGUACUUUCAAAUUCAUCUCGAUCAGACGAAAUUUCAAAUAUAACUCCUGAAACUAUAGAUUUAGUAGAAUCAUCCGGAUCUUUUUCAAAUAUAAACGGAUCAGAUUUUUCCUUUCAUUCUGUUGAUGAGACUGUAUCUCAUCGCAAAGUUAUCAACGAAAAUCAACAAAUGUCCAUAAACGCUGAGCAAUCCAGAAUUACAAGAUCGAAACAAAUAGACCAAAUAAAUCAGAGUAAUUAUAGAUAA